GGUUCAAUCUGGCUGGCACCAUUCCAUCCAAAGGGGAGGAGGACUUCCUCACACUGGCUGCCUCUCGCCUCAGCCACAGGAAGCGUGUCAUCGGGGCCGCUGUGGGCGUGGCCAUGGUCCUGGUGCUUCUGGUCGCCAUCCCCCUGUUGGUCCACACCACGAAAGGGGGUGGCACCGGGGGUGCUGCGGGGAACCACUACGAGAUGCUGGGGAGCUGCAGGAUGGUGUGUGACCCCUACACCCCCCCUCAGGGCAGCCAGGAGCUGGCCGCCGUGUCACCGGCACCCCCAGAUUUUACCGGGAGGCGUGGGAAAUCGGGGUACAGGGGAGCACCAGGGCUACCCGGCCCACCCGGCCCCCGAGGACCCCCUGGAGAGCCAGGGAAACCAGGUCCCCCGGGGCCUCCUGGGCCUGGGCCGGGGGGAUACGUCCCCUCCUUCUACAGCCCCAAGAUCGCCUUCUUUGCCGGCCUGCGCAAGCAGCACGAGGGCAGCGAGGUGCUCAAGUUCGACGACGUCGUCACCAACGUGGGCAACUACUACGAGCCCAGCACCGGCAAGUUCACCUGUCCUCUGCCCGGCAUUUACUACUUCACCUACCAUGUGCUGAUGAAGGGCGGGGACGGCACCAGCAUGUGGGCGGACCUGAAGAAGAACGGCCAGGUCCGGGCUAGUGCCAUUGCCCAGGAUGCCGACCAGAACUACGACUAUGCCUCCAACAGCGUGAUCCUGCACCUGGAUGUGGGGGACGAGGUGUGCGUGCAGCUGGAUGGUGGAAAGGUCCACGGGGGCAACACCAACAAAUACAGCACCUUCUCUGGCUUUCUCAUCUACCCUGACUGACCCCACCACCCCCUGACCAUAGCCUCACCCCCUAUACUGUCACACCCCUUUUUCUGGCCCUGACUCCACCCCCAAACACACCUCCACUCACUGAGACUGCUGGAAAGAGGAGGAGCUACAAGCAUACAGGUUACACAAAAUGACUUUUUUUUUUUUUAAUGUUAAUUAACUGGAGGCUGGGAAAUAAGUGGAAUGUAUUUUUUAAAAAAGAGAGAAAAAGAGGUAUAAUGUGGGUGGGUUUUAUUAAAUGGAACCACUGCAGAGAUUGGAGAAAGCCUGGGCUAAACUGGAUUGUAAACAUUAAGGAGUUGUUUACAAGGCAUGUUAUGUGAGAUAUUGACAAACCAUUAACUCCAUAAACCAAAUUCAUUCAUUGACCUCUGAUGUGUGUAUGUGUUUACUUAUGAGGAUGUACAUACCCACCACUCCCCCCGUCACCCAUGUACACACACAAGCGCACACACUCCCACAGACAGACUUACAAACACACACACACACACACACACACACACACACACACACACACACACACACACACACACACACACACACACACAUUUCUGGAGUGUUAACAUGUCUCCUGUCAUCAUUUUAUUGAGAAACAGACAGAUGUUUACACGGGUUAGCAUUAAAACACACGACCUUCUCCAGUGUCAGUCAGCUGACAAACGCACUACAGCUUUCUAUAGGCUACUAUAUAUUUGAAGAGCAAACUGCAAAUUGUGUGGUCAGGUAGUAUGCAUAACCGUGGAGCUGCAGGUCAGAAGAACAUUGUAAAGGUGAUUAGAUGUUUCAGAACUACUUGUGAAAUAUGUGUUUGCGUCAGCGUGGACUUCGAUAAUUUUUAAAUGUGGAGUUAGGGAAAGGAAAACUCAUGAAAGUGACGUUAUUUCUACACGACCUAAAAUGGGAGCUACUGCGUCGCGCGGCGGAGACAGGAUAUGACUGUAUAAAAAUGCGCGCGCACACCGCGGGUUCUGAUGAUUAAUUUAAGUCCCCUUGCACAAUUCGUUUGACUUAAAGUGACCGCUCUGACUGUCUGCGCGAAAUUGGAAAUCCGGCCUGAACACGUAUAUUUACAAGGCACAGUAAUCGAAGGCGCGAUGGCUCACCGCGGAGUCUGUGCGCUCCGACAUGGAUUUCCAAUAUUUCCAAAGACACCACGAAAGGGAAAAAAUCAUAUAUUGAUUUAACCUGUUAAUACACCCACCACUUUGAGCAGAGUCCAGUAUGCAAUUUUUAAACUAAGCGUCACAUUCUUUUUAGUGAAUGCUGGUGUGAGCUAAAGACGAGUGGUUGACUAAAUAUAUUCAAUGAUGAUAGUGCUUCUUUUUCAGUAGAUUUUUGAGAAGUCGUUAUAGGCACCGUCCUUUAAUAUUAAAGACCUGCAGUAAAUCAAUAUUAAUGCUUUAAUACUGCCAACGAAAAAAUUUUCAAUUGAGAUGAACACUCUUACUUAAAGGCUGAAUUUGGCACUGCAUAUGAUUAUUACUACUGGUAUUAGUCUCACACCGUUCAGAGACCAAUCAGUUAGGAAACCUAUCUGCAAAUGCAUUUUUGGGUAUGUAAUAUAUAUUUAUACAUUAGUGCGAGAUUGUGUGAUAAUUUUGAGAAUUUUAAGUUUUACAUUUACUUUGCAUUUAAAAAGAUUGAUAUCACACAUCACAAUAUGGAAGACUAGCAUAUCAUUUUUUAAAUGUGCAAACUGGCUGGAUACAAU